UAAACACUGCACUAAAUUUUGUUUUUGUUUGUUCUAAUAGUAUUCUUUCUUUUGAAAAUUUUGUGUGACUUAUGUUCAUUUUUUCUUGCGGAUAUUGCUAUGUGCCUGAGGCGCUUCUGCAAAUAUGUGGAUUUGACAACAAACACAACUUUGACUUCGUUGUCCCGAGAUGCCAGGUCGGGAAAGUGUGUUUUCACCGCGUAACCUCCACCCUAAGCGAUUUCCGCUUUAUCAGGAAGUAGGUGCAACAGAGGCGAGGCGAGGGUUGACGUUGAUUGGAGUUUGUGCUGUGGCGGCCUCGGGGGGCAACGGCAAGACGCCCUAUUUCCUCUUCAGCCGAGAUGCAGAAUAUUUCUUUCAGGACAGAACUUCAUCGACUAAGUCACCAAGCUGCUGCAUUCGGACAAGACGAUCUUCCACUAGUAAGCAGAAGUGAAAGCUGGGGAACAAAUUGCCUCUAUUGACUAUUACACUUUGGUUGUGUGUAAUAGGGUCACACUCAGCAACAUAUGGCUCGGUUUUUUAGGUGGUUUGGAGACUUAAAGAGGAAUAAGAACCGAAAUCCAAGUCCUCAGCCAAGCGACACAGCAAAAAGUUCUUGUAAGAACUCAGGGUCCAGCUGCACCAGCUCACGGCCCAUUGCUGAUCCCACCGCAUCCCAAAGGUUUGACAGUAAAGCUCGUUGGAGUAAAGAGUAUGAUGUGUGCAUUUGCCAUGCUGAGGAUGACAUCGGCUAUGUGCAAGACUUGGUGUCUUUUCUGGAACUGCAUCCGCAAGGUCUGCGCUGCUUUCUGCAGCUCAGGGACUUGGCCCUAGGAGGUGCUAUCUGUACUGAGCUCUGCCAGGCUGUCAGGGAAAGCCAUUGCUGGGUCCUCAUUAUUACACCAAGCUUUCUCAAGGACCCCUGGUGUUGGUACCAGAUGCAACAGGCAUUGUCUGAAUCUCCCAUUGCCAAUGGGCGGGUUAUUCCAGUCCGGAAGCAUCUGGAGCAGAAGGAUUAUCCACAGGAGCUGCGCUUCAUGUUUGGUAUUGACGUCAGACUGGACAAAGAGAAUGGAUUCCAGAAGAUCAAGCAUGCUAUAUUAUGUUAUCUUAAGGAGCUCUGCAGGAAGGAUAGAGAGGAGCAGCGACGAAGGGAAAUUGAGAGCUGUGUGGAUACUGUCAGCAACACAACAGACUUGAACAGGACUUGCUGAACAUGUGAAGGCAAAUGCGCACGAUUCCACCAUCACUGAGUUGGGACACUGGAGACAGAGGAUUUAGUCCUAAUAUUUAAAAUCAAGAGCAUACACGUGCCAAUUUCCGUCAUGGUGUAUAUAACUGUCGGUGUGGAUUUGUCCAUUUCCUAGAGUUUGACCCUGGGAUUCGGGGUCCCUUCAUCGGCUAGCCCAGGUGUUGGUACUGAGGAUUGAAGUCCGAAAGUUGAUCAGACGAUGAAGCCCGAUGGCUGAGGCCUGGAUACUGCAGACUGGAGGCCUGUCCUGGAGUUUGCUUUGUUGCCUUUUGUGCUCUUUGUGGUGCUGAUGAGCAUUGUGAGCGUGCUCUGUUGGCACCGGAAUGUAUGCCAACACUUGCAGGCUGCCCCCAGCACAUCCUUGGGUGUGUUGGUUGUUAAUGCAAAUGACACAUUUCACUGUAUGUUUCAAUGUACAUGUGAUAAAUCUGAAUCUAAAUCUUUGUAAGUGUGUCUUUGUACAGUAUUUGCAUCUGGCUGUGUAUGAUUCUGUUUUUACACUCUAGGUUCAGUACUGUGCAAAAAGUCUUUAGGUAGAUAUAGCUAGGGUGCCUAACACUUUUUCACAGUACUGCAUUUGUCAACAUGCAGCGGAGAAUGAGUUUGUAAAUCUGGAAGGCGCAAAGGAUAUUGGGAAUGGUGAAGGUGCAGCACUAUGGGAGGAGUGUGAGGCAGGUGGCAGAUGAGUGCCAGGGAUGGGAGUGGGUGCACGCACGCAGAUACACCCAGCCAUGAGACACCAGGCAAGGUCAUUUGAUUCCAAACAAUUGAUUUAUUGAUCAUUGCAGAAUGUCUCCCUGGUGCUUCCUGCUCCCUCCCCUCUUCCCCCUUUUCCCCCUUUUCCCAAACAUGAUUUCCCCUCUCCCUGCCCCCUUCCCACUUUCAGUUCACAAUAGAGACCCAUAUCAGAAUCAGGUUUUUCAUCACUCACACGUCAUGAAUUUUUUUUGUGUAACGCAGUUCAGUGCAAUACCUAAAAUUUCUACAGUACUGUGCAAAAGUCUUCGACACCCUAGCUAUAUGUAUGCGCCUAAGACCUUUGCACAGGACUGUAUGUGGGUGCUUACUCUAAUAUUUUAUCUCUUUUGACAGUACUUCUCCCAGGCUUACAGAUAUUAAUUGAAAACUGACACAAGUUGAUCUUCGCACUGGAUUUCUUGUCUAUGUUGAGGCAAGGUGAAGUACAUGGUUGGACCUUUCAAGCUAUGGUUUUUUUAAUGGAGUUUUCCCUCACAUUUCUAGAGUUGUGAAAGGGCAGUGACAAGUGGGCUGUCACGUUGUGAUCAAAGAGAAAUUUUAUUUUUCUACAAUGUUCUUAUGAUUGGAGUUAUUGGUGCUUUAAAGGAAAUGAUUGGCAAAUUCAACUGUCAGUCACACCCAGAAAUGGUUAAGAUUGAUUUUAUCCAUGCAAGUUGUCAUAACAACUUCCUUCUGUUUAUGGAGAAAUAAUAAUUACUUUCAUAUUCUGUAAUUUUGGCCUUGAGAUCUGUUGUCAAUUAAAGGGAUCAGAUAAAACACAGCA